AUGGCUGUCUCCUCACCUCCGGUGAUCUCUGCAACUUCUAGUGGCGCCGGCGUCCCGGGGGGUUUAUUUCGUGCUGAACCCCUGUAUUCGACUCCCGGAGAGCCCCCUCGUCUCACCCCCCAUAUGAUCAACAGUUUCAUGGCCAAUAACCACAGCGGCAGCGCCGGGGUUGGUAGUGGCGGCGGCGGCGGCGGCGGCAACACCAACACCAACGAGUGUCGGAUGGUGGACAUGCACGGAGUGAAGGUGGCUUCGUUCCUCAUGGACGGCCAGGAACUGAUCUGCCUGCCGCAAGUCUUUGAUCUUUUCCUCAAGCACCUAGUGGGCGGGUUGCACACGGUAUACACUAAGCUGAAGAGACUGGACAUAUCCCCCGUGGUGUGUACUGUCGAGCAGGUCCGGAUCCUCCGCGGGCUGGGGGCCAUCCAGCCCGGGGUGAACCGCUGCAAACUUAUCACCAGGAAAGACUUCGAAACUUUGUUCACCGAUUGCACCAAUGCCAGAAGGAAGAGGCAAAUGACAAGAAAACAAGCUGUUAACAGUUCACGGCCUGGCAGGCCCCCUAAGCGUUCUUUGGGAGUGUUGCAGGACAAUGCCCGCCUUCUGCCCCAUGCAGUCCCAGGCCUCUUAUCGCCAGGACUCAUCACUCCGACAGGUAUAACAGCUGCAGCAAUGGCUGAGGCGAUGAAGCUGCAGAAGAUGAAACUUAUGGCUAUGAACACUCUUCAGGGAAAUGGAAGCCAAAAUGGGACUGAAUCAGAGCCUGAUGAACUUAAUUCUAACACAGGUGGAAGUGAAUCCUCUUGGGAUAAGGAUAAGAUGCAGUCUCCUCUUACUGCUCCUGGACCCCAACAUGGAAUUGCUCAUGCAGCCCUGGCUAGUCAGCCUGGCCUUGGGGGUGGCCCUACCCUCAAUCCACUGCAGCAGAACCACCUGCUAACCAAUAGACUGGAUCUGCCAUUUAUGAUGAUGCCUCAUCCCCUAAUUCCAGUCAGCUUACCUCCUGCAUCAGUUGCCAUGGCAAUGAAUCAGAUGAACCAUCUCAAUACUAUUGCCAAUAUGGCUGCUGCAGCCCAGAUUCACAGUCCACUCUCCAGAGCUGGUGCCUCUGUUAUAAAGGAGCGGAUCCCGGAGAGUCCUUCUCCUGCUCCCUCUCUGGAAGAAAGUCAUCGCCCUGGGAGCCAGACUUCCUCCCACCCCAGCAGCAGUGUGUCCAGCUCUCCCUCUCAGAUGGAUCAUCAUUCGGAGAGAAUGGUUAUGAUGCCCAACAAUAGAGAGGAACUUAUUGUUGAUCAGGAUAAUGGACCAACCAUCAAAAAAUUCCAAAGGGAUCAUAAAGAAGAGGUACCAGUUCAAAUUCCAAUGAUGAAGUCACCCUUGGACAAGAUCCAAUUGACUCAGGGGCAGGCAUUGCCCCCUGGAUUCCCAGGACCAUUCAUUUUUGCUGAUAGUCUAUCCUCCGUGGAGACUCUGUUGACCAACAUUCAGGGUCUACUGAAAGUGGCUUUGGAUAAUGCUCGCAUCCAGGAGAAGCAGAUUCAACAAGAAAAGAAGGAACUGCGAAUAGAGCUCUAUAGAGAGAGAGAAAUUAGAGAAAACCUUGAAAGACAACUUGCAGUUGAGCUGCAGAGCAGAACUACCAUGCAAAAGCGCCUGAAAAAAGAGAAAAAAGCCAAGAGAAAACUGCAGGAAGCCUUGGAAUUUGAAUCAAAGCGCCGGGAGCAAGUGGAGCAGGCACUUAAGCAAGCCAGUAGUGACAGUGGCCUGAGGAUGUUGAAAGAUACUGGAAUGCCAGAUAUUGAAACAGAAAACAAUGGGACUCCUCAUGAUAGUGCUGCUAUGCAAGGUAUAGUAAACAACAGCAUAGUUCUUUCCACAACUGCUUAA